UUGUUGGUUUUGUUUGGUGAUGUGGGAUAUGUGUUUUCUGUGAUAUGGGAAAGAUGGGUGUUGUUUGAGAUAUAUUAAGAAUCUGAUACUUUGUUGGAUUUGUGGGAUCGAGGAAGGAAGUAACUUAAAAGAAAUGAAGGAUUUUCCUGGGACUCCUGGCACUCUGACUGGUCUUCUUCUCAGAUUUUCACAAUGCGUCUUUGCUGCUGCCUCUAUUGCUUCCAUGGCCACCACUUCCAGCUUCUUCAAUUUCACAGCUUUCUGCUAUUUGAUUGCUUCAAUGGGUCUGCAAGUGAUUUGGAGUUUUGUUCUGGCAUUGUUAGAUGCAUACUCCUUGAUGAAAAAGAAGGCCCUCCUCAACCCUGUAUUGGUCAGCCUCUUUGUGAUUGGAGACUGGGUUACAGCAACACUGUCUCUUGCAGCUGCUUCAGCUUCAGCUGGAAUAACUGUCUUGUACUUCAAUGACUUGAGCCACUGCAAUUUUGGAGAGGAAUGCCAGAAAUACCAGAUGGCAGUUGCUUUUGCUUACCUGAGUUGGGUAACAAUUGCUAUCUCUUCUCUAAUCAUGCUCUGGAUACUGGCAGCAGGAAGCUCAAACUCCAAGCAAAGUGCUGUCUAUAAAUUGCGUGGCUGAGUUGGACACAGCCUGGGCUCACUGUGUGCUUUUGUUAUUUUAGAAACUGGGGUGAACUGUGUAUGCUCUACAAUGAUUGUGUUUAUACCAAUCAUAUACAACAACAAAAAUUCAGUAUUCUUGU